AUGCUUUACGGUGGCGAGUAUGCGUAUGCGGGAAUGAUGUCAUUGAGUCCAUCGUGCCAUGGUGACAGGCCGACAUUUCACACGGCGGUCAACGGUGAUUUCGAAUCCUCCAACAAUCGCCCAACAACGCCUGUAAGAGAUUCUCCAUCGGUAGCCCUAUCAUCACCGUCGGGUGAUCCGGAUUCAAUGGUGCCUCCUCUUGUUCCUUUACUUCAACUCGUUCAACCCCAACCGUCUGCACAUUCACCACAAUUUCAUCAAGCUCAGUUUAUCUACAUCAAAAAGUACUACAAAGUGCCCGAGUCUCGUGUCUAUCAACUCUCAGCGCCUUUCCGUGGUUUCUCGGCCUUUGUUCGUUUCGUUUGUCGAGCUCGGGUGCACCGAGUGGAACACGUUUCCGCCGAUGAAUACGAUAGUAUCCCGGCUACACCGAUUCCUCGCAAAAAGCCGUUCGAUUCACCGCAAAUGAUUCACCGCGAUUCACCGCAAAUGUUGACUCCGUACAGAAAAGUCAAACUC